AUGUCACGAUCUCAGCAUGCGAAGGACAUGGACAAAAACACCAGAUACUUUCACUACAUAGCUUCUUCGAGGAGGAGGAAUAACAGGAUUGAUGCUCUGGUAAUUAAUGAAAGAUUAGUUAGAAACUCAGCUAGAAUAAAGAUUGCUAUCAGAGGGUUUUAUAAGCAACUGUAUCAUCAAGAGGAGUCUCAUGUGGUGAGCUUCAGGGAUAGACUGGUGGAUAUGAUAUCUGAAGAGGAUUCUGUGGCUUUAGAGGUAUUGCCGUCAGUUGAAGAGAUUAAAGAGACAUUCAGACAACCAAAAGACUCUAAUAUUACAUGGAUUGCGUUGGCUCCCAAGUUCACUGGGGUUAAGGAAAUCAAAGACCUUUGCCCGAUCAGUAUGGUUGGAUGUGUGUAUAAGGUGAUUUCGAAGGUGAUAGUUAGGAGGAUGAGAUCAGUGAUACCAAGACUGGUUGGGGAGACUCAGAGUGUAUUUGUUAAGGGUCGUAAAAUACAUGAUGGGGCACUUAUUGUGUGUGAAACUAAGAUGGGAUUUGGGCGAAAGUGA